CCUAUGGACUCGUGCGACUCGUGCGUUCUCGAACCUGGCAGCACCACGACGCUCCUGGAAACGCCCCCCAAGACCGCAGGACUCGCCGAAGAGUGCUGCGAGUCGCUCUUCGUCCGCUGGAACUGGCCGGCCUUGCGGGUGGGCUGUCUUCUAGUCUGCGUCAGCUGCCUGGUUGCCGUCCUGUGCGUCAUCGUCGGCGUCCUCCUGCUCAGACAACCGUCCUGCGACCCGGACAGGUCCUGGUGGCAGGGAGGCCUCAUGUACGAGGUCUUCACCGCCUCGUACGUGGACUCGGACGACGACGGCUUCGGGGACUUCAGGGGACUUGCGUCCAAGUUGGGGUACAUCAAGAAGUUAAGGGCGUCCGCCCUGAGGUUGACGUCUGUGUUCAGUGCGUUGGACUAUCCGCUAGAGUACGAGCACAUCAUCGACUUCGAGAACGUGGAUCCUCAUCUGGGCCACAUGGGUGACUUUGAGUACCUCGUCCGUGAAGUGCACCGGAACGGCCUCCGUGUGGUGUUGGAUAUUAACCCGGCCCUGACGAGUGACCAGCACACCUGGGCUGCCCACUGGCUGCUUGAUCAGCGCGGGGAGUAUGCGUACUAUUACGUUCUGGUGAACGACACAUCGAUGAAUAACGGAUUGAAAGACUGGGACGACGAUCGCCGCGACCCCCACCGGCUGUUCGGGAACCAGCUAUACCUCAACUGGUCCCAUCUGAGCGUCCGGGAGGACGUCUUCCGUUCCGUCAAACUCUGGCUGGACAAAGGCAUCGACGGCUUCUACGUCAAGCACUUGGAUCGUCUCCAAGUCCAGGACGACCGAGAACUCUACGAGGUCCUAUUGUCCUGGAGAAGACUCCUGGAUGACUUGGACGCGGUCGACGGCCGGGGUCGCAUCCUUAUGACGUCCGUCGACAUCGUGGGGCAUCUGGCGGGCUCCGUCUUCCUCCAGCCGGUCCUGGAGCUCUUUGACCUUCUGGACGUCCCCGUGGCUGUCGAAGGCGGACCUGCCAACGUGUCCGAAGUCUUCGGGAGUAGGGUGCGAGAGGUGCUACGGCUGAGGAACUCCAGCACUGGUCCCUGGUUCAGCUGGAACAUCGGGGACUCGGAGAGUUCCCGCCUGGCGUCGCGGGUGGACGUAGACCCACUGACGGCCCUGUUCACCCUGUGGGCUUUGCCUGGAAGCAUCUCGGUCCUCUACGGUGACGAGAUCGGGCUGAGGGACGCCUUCGACGUGACGUCGGGACGGCCGUACCGCACAGGGCAGCUGGGUCUGAUGCAGUGGAACGACUCCCCGCAAGCCAACUUCACCCGAUCCACUCCGUGGAUCCCGGUUCAUCCGGACCAUACGUCCAGGAACGUGGACAACGCAACCGAGGUUAUCGACGCCCUGGCCAGACUCACGGACGUCAAGAGCGACAUCGCCACCCUCUUCAUGGACGGUGUCCCCAACUUCCGCCGCAAGAAGUCCAACUGCAGGGUCCUCUCCCAAGCCUCCGACGUCCUGGUCCUGGAGCGCUUCUAUCCCCGGCGAGCUCGUUAUGGUGCGGUCAUCAACUUCGCGCCGGUCGGCGUCACCAGGGACCUCUCGGACUUCUGGUUCGAGGGCAACGUCGUUGCAGGCACCGGGGCGAGCCUCCCGACUCGGGUCAACUUCAGAGAACUGUACCUCGAGCCCUCCGAAGCCCUCCUGGUCGAGAUCACCAGUUGA